AUGAGGCUAGAGCGCGGGCGGCGGGCUUCCCUGGCGCUCACCCUCAACUUUGUGGCCUUCGCCUUUGCCUUAUCCGCGGUGUCCACCAACUACUGGUGCGAGGGCACCCGGAAGGUGCCCAAACCGUUCUGCACGGGCCCGCCGGUGAAGGCGAAGCAGUGGUUCUGCAUCCGCUUCAACAGCUCCAACAUCAACGACAGCCGCUUGGUGCAGUACAUCUUCGAGAGCGGCGAGGAGAAGUUCCUCCUGAGGAAGUUCCACACGGGAAUAUUCUUCUCGUGCGAGCAGGCCGCCGACAUGAACGGCUUCGACUGUCGAGACUUCUCAGAGAUCGCCCCAGAACACGAACGAGGGGUUUUGUGGUUGUGUAUCGUGGCCGAGAGUCUGUACCUCACCUUGCUCUUCGCCGGCGGCGCUCUGAUGAUGCUGGAGCAGUGUCCCUGCUUCAGCAUCAUGAACAAGCUGAAGCUCAGUGCCUUCGCCGCCUUGUGCACCGCCCUCUCAGGCCUUUGUGGGAUGGUGGCCCACAUGAUGUUCACCACCAUAUUCCAGCUGGCUGUCGCUAUGGGACCAGAAGACUGGAGGCCCAAGACCUGGGACUACAGCUGGUCUUAUGUCUUGGCGUGGGGCUCCUUUGGCACCUGCAUGGGCUCCGCGGUGACGGCGCUCAACAGGUACACGAAGACCAUCGUGGAGUUCAAAUACAAGCGGCGGAACAUCGCCAAGAGCCUGAUGAUCAAGCAGAAGAUGAUGGAGCGGGACCCCCCCGACCAGAUGUGGGACAUGUACCUGACCGCCGUCCCCGUCGGCGCCGAGGCUCGGCUAGAGCUGCCGGUCAACGGCCACAAACCCUCGACGGGGACCGCGUACGUGGUGGAAAUGGACGGCGAGCCGGAAUCACAGGGAGAGGCGUAUUGUUAA